UCCUACCUGCGGCGUUUCGGGAGGCGCGGGGUACCCGGGCCUUGAGGCGCGGAGAGCGCGGCCCCGCGGAGUCAGCCAUCCGCAGCGUCGUCAGGAGGUGAGGCCCGGACCUGGCGUCUCCCUUUGAGGCUCCGCCUCCCCUCGCGUAGCGCGGGGCGGGGCCGGCCGGGGCGGGGCGGGGCCCGGAGAGAGGCCUGCGCUGCCGGAGGAGGUGGAGGAGGGCGCCGAGAGCGGCGAGAGGCCCGGCGGCAUCAAAACUAGGAAAAAUAACGAGGAAUGGCUGUGGAAGAGCUUCAAUCCAUAAUAAUGAGAUGUCAAAUCCUAGAAGAACAAGACUUUAAAGAAGAAGAUUUUGGCCUAUUUCAGUUAGCAGGCCAAAGAUGCAUAGAUGAAGGGCAUAUAGAGCAGCUAUUAGAAAUUAUUCAAAAUGAAAAGAAUAAGGUCAUUAUCAAGAAUAUGGGCUGGAAUCUUGUUGGUCCUGUUGUUCGAUGUCUUUUGUGGAAUAAGGACGAUGGGAAAAGAAAAUAUUAUUUUCUGAUGCUUGAUUUAUUGGUAAAGUUGUGUAAUCCAAAGGAAUUAUUGUUGGGUUUGCUUGAACUGAUUGAAGAGCCCUCUGGAAAACAGAUAUCCCAAAUUAUUCUUCUUUUACUUCAGCCAUUACAAACAGUGAUUCAGAAACUUCAUAACAACAAGGCAUAUUCGGUGGGAUUAGCAUUGUCCACUCUUUGGAGUCAGCUGUCUCUCCUUCCUGUUCCGUACUCAGAAGAACAAAUACAAACAGAUGACUAUGGCCUUUGUCAGUGUUGCAAUGCCUUAAUAGGGUUCACUAAGCCUUUUGUGGAAGAAGUCAUUAAUGACAAAGAAAACUCACUGGAAGAUGAAAAUGAAAAGUUAAAGGAUGAAUUACUGAAAUUUUGUUUCAAAAGCUUGAAAUGCCCUUUGCUGACAGCACAAUUCUUUGAGCAGUCCAAAGAAGCUGGAAAUGAUCCUUUAAGAUGUUUUGCAUCUGAAAUAAUAGGCUUUUUAUCAGCAAUUGGACAUCCUUUUCCCAAAAUGAUUUUUAAUCAUGGAAGGAAAAAGAGGACUUGGGACUAUCUUGAAUUUGAGGAAGAAGAAGACAAACAGUUAGCAGACUCUAUGGCUUCUCUGGCCUAUCUGGUAUUUGUACAGGGCAUCAGUAUUGAUCAGCUUCCAAUGGUCUUAAGCCCAUCGUACCUUUUGCAAUUUAAUAUGGGGCAUAUUGAAGUCUUUUUGCAAAGGUGCUUAUUGAAUACAAGUAAUCAUUCAGGUGUGGAGGCUUUCAUUAUUCAGAAUAUCAAAAAUCAAAUUGAUGUGUCAUUAAAGAGAACACAUAACAACAAAUGGUUUACAGGCCCACAGCUGAUCUCACUUCUAGAUUUGGUACUCUUUCUCCCAGAGGGUGCUGAAACAGAUUUACUCCAAAACUCAGAUAGGAUAAUGGCUUCAUUAAAUUUAUUGAGAUAUUUGGUUAUCAAAGAUAAUGAGAAAGACAAUCAAACUGGAUUAUGGACAGAACUUGGAAAGAUUGAGAAUAAUUUCUUAAAGCCACUCCAUACAGGACUUAAUAUGUCAAAAGCACAUUAUGAAGCAGAAAUUAAAAAUAGCCAAGAAAAUAGCCAAGAAGUCCAGAAGUCUAAAGAUCUUUGUUCUGUAACUGUAGGUGGAGAAGAGAUCCCUAAUAUGCCUCCUGAAAUGCAGCUUAAGGUCCUACAUUCAGCUCUUUUCACAUUUGAUUUGAUUGAAAGUGUUCUGGCUCGAGUAGAAGAACUCAUUGAAAUAAAAACAAAGUCUACUCCGGAAGAAAAUAUUGGGAUAAAGUGAAACCUCCAUUUCCUAAAUAAAAACUAGUAAAAUACUGUAUUUUCCAUUAUGAUUAUUUAAUACCCUUAUAAAAACUUUUCUGUAAGACACUGCUAGAAAAAUAAAGGUAGCCUUUCUCAUA